AUGGUCAAAAAGACAGACAAGAAGGAAGUGAAGGCUGAUCACUGGAGCCAACGAAGAAGCAAGGAAGUUGAUAGAACCAAACGUUCAUGCAACGAACCAACCAAAAUUGAUGAGUCCAACAUUAUCAGCACUCCAAGACCAAGAAAGAACAUUGAUUACAAGGCCGUCCAAUUGAAGGGAGAAAUCAAGAUGGUCAAGAGAAACACAUCCAAUACUUACGAUAAGAGAAGCACGACCAAGAUUGAAAAGAAGAAGCCAAAGAGGACAACUACCAAGAAGAAGGAAGAAAAGAAGGAAGAGAAGAAGACCGAGAACGAAUAA